ACGAGCGGCAGGAUCGCACAGAUGUGCCGGAUUAGACAUCGCUGAGGUGAGCUGUGCACAGAACCUUUAUGGAUGUGACACUCCUGGAUAAAACCACGUUCCAAACUGCCCACAAGCUGAAAGGAACCAUCUGGAGAGAAGUUGGCCGGUGCACAAUCAGUGGGAGCAUCCUUUGGAGAAUUGUUUUGGGUAAACAGAACAGUUGAAUGGAAAUGAUCUUCCUCGGAGAGGUGAGCGUUUCUGAUUCUCUCUUUCUCAGAAUGUAGAUCUUCUGAAAAAGUGCUACAGAAGGACGCAACAAUCUGACUGCAGGGGUCUGAUGUUGGGAGGACUAUCUAUGAUGUCUGAAGGACUUUAAAAACUCAUGCGAAUGCCAAUCAGCCUGAAGACCAGGAGGAUCAGGUGGUGGAAGUGAUGCAGAUCAGCGGCAGCAGUGAUGAAGGUAAAAAAAGAUAAGCAGCAAAGGUGAUGAAGAAGAUCAGGAGUGAAGAUGAUAAGGAACGGUCUUAAAGGUGAUGAAGAUCAAUUGUGAGAAUGGUGGCAAUCAAAGGUGAUGCUAUGAAGAUGAUGAAGAUCUGCCCUAAAUGUGAUGCACAUGCUCAGAGCUAAAUGUGAUGAUGAAGGUCAGUGCCAAAUGUGAUAAUCAGUCGUAAGGCUGAUGAAGAUCAGAAGACCCGUCCUAAGGGAGAUGAAGAUGAUCAGUGGUGAAUGUGAUGAAGAUUAGUUGUGAAUAGUGGUGAAGAUCAGAAGAUCAGGUGACGGAUGGUCAGCGUUAAAGGUGAUGGUCAGUGGUAAACGUGAUGAAGAACAGCUGUAAAGGUGUUGCAGAUCAGUGGAGCUGAGGAUGAGGAAGAUCAGUCCUAAAGGUGAUGAAGAUGAUCAGUGGUGAAAGAGGUGAAUCGGACAAAGCUCAGUGUUGAAGCUGAUGAAGAUCAGAAGAUCAGGUGGUGAAGGUGAUGAAGAUUGCUCAUGAAGAUGAUGAAGGUCAGUGCUGAGGAAGCAGGUCAGUGGUGAAGCUGAGGAAGACCAGUGAUGAAGAUCCAGCUCCCAUAGGCUCUGAACUUGUCCGAACUUUGUCACCAUGGCUCUGACCGAGACCUGCCGGCUCUAUCAGUCUCCUAAAGACGGCGGCGGCUCCGCUCACGGCACUCAGGAGGUCAUCGAGCUGAACGUGGGCGGCCAGGUGUACUACACGCGGCGCGCGACCCUCACGGCCUUUCCGGACUCUCUGCUGGGCCAGAUGUUCUCCCACGCGACAGGCGAGGUGGCGCGGGACGCGCGCGGCCGCUGCUUCAUCGACCGGGACGGCUUCUUGUUCCGCUACGUGCUGGACUACCUGCGCGACCGGCGCGUGGUGCUGCCCGAGCGCUUCCCGGAGCGCGCGAGGCUCCGCCGCGAGGCUGAGUUCUUCCGCCUGCACGAGCUGGCGGGGAUCGUCGCGGCGGCGGAGGACGAGGCGGGCGAAGGCGGCGGCGGCGGCGUACCGGACGACGCGUCUCCGUCCAGCGAAAGGACGGCGCGCGAGGGCACGUGCGGCUUCCUGACGGUGGCGUGCAAGGGCGCGCGCGGAGGGGACGCGCCGCCGCCGCGCAUCUCGGUGUGCGGCAGGGUCGGGCUCGCGCGCCAGGUGUUCGGUGACGCGCUCAGCGAGAGCCGCGACGCGGACCGGGCGCGCGAGCGCUACACCUCGCGCUGCCACCUGCGCUUCCGGCACGCGGAGCGCGCCUUCGACAUGCUCGCCGAGAGCGGGUUCCGCAUCGUCGCGUGCAGCACGGCGGUGGCCAGCAGGCACGCGGACGCGGAGAGGGGCGCGUGGAGCAGCAACACAGAGUACGUCUUCUACCGUGGCCCAUCUGGCUGGUCAUCCUCUCAUUGUGAGUGCUGCUGUAAGAGCCAGAAGAGCGAGCGAGAGGGCGAGAGUGGGACUUCCUUUAACGAACUCUCCACGUCCUGCUCCGAGACCCAGUCUGAGGCCAGUUCUCCUCAGGAGACCGUCAUUGUUCGGCCCACACCGCGCCAGACUAACGUCCAGACGCUGGACCGCGUCAUGAAGAAGGUUCCGGCCCCGGCUCUGCAGCAGGCCGAGAUGAGGCGCCGGACGGACCUGCUGAGGGCUCGCACCUCCGGACCCCGCGACCUGCUGACCGCCAAGAGGAAAGCAGCCAAGGAGAAGAUGACCCCCGAGCAGGAGCUGCAGAAGUGCAUCCAGGACUUCCGACGAAUCAAAAUCCCGGAGCGCUUCCCGGACAGGAAGAACAUGUGGCAAUCUGAACUGCUGAGGAAGUAUCAUCUCUGAAAGCUGGGAGCCUGUGCGCGUUUGAAACACGAGCUGCUUAAUCUGCACUCAAGAUCUCACUCCGAUCCGCACUUCGCUCAGGACGCAAUCUGCCGCUCUGAUCUUCCAGCCAGACGCUUAAUGCACUGCAAACAAUGCGGUUAACCUUGACUGACUCAUAGAUGGCACUGUUCUGCUCCGUUCUGUUACAAAGCACAAUAACUCUGACGUUCACCCCUGAGCUGCGAAUCAAUUUCACACUGUCUAAACAAACCAGCCCUUUAAGGAAUGCCGCCGAAUGGGUUGGACACACACUGAAUAAGCGCCC